AUGGCUGGAAACGAGCCACAGCAGAUGUCGGCACUCGAGGCUGAGCGCAGGCACUACCGGCCUUGCGUGCCGGCGGUGCUCCGGGUGCGCGUACGCGCAGAGCCCGCGCAGGAGCGCACGACGUGCGUCUCGCACGAGGAUCUCAUCGCGAGCGCCUUUCCCACGCUGUACGGCAGCCCUGUCGUCAGCCUCGUGCCGGCGGCUGAGACCGACACCUCCGUCGCACCGAGGCCGCUGCGCGUUGGCUGCGUGCUCUCGGGCGGCACUCCUGCGGCGGGCGGGCACAACUGCAUCUGCGGACUCUUUGACCACCUCGAGGCAUUCCACCCCGGCUCGACGCUGCUCGGCUUCCGCGGCGGCCUCCGCGGCGUCCUGCGAACUGCGUUCACAAAGCUCGAGGCGGCGACGGUGGAGCGGCACCGCAACUCGGCCGCUUCUUCAUGA